AUGAUGGAGCCCACAGCAGCAGCAGCAGCAGCAGCAGCAGCAGCAGAUUCAACUGCAGCAGCAGCAGCAGCAGCAGCAGCAGAAACAGCAGCAGCAACAGAAGAAGAGGAGAAUCACGAAGUUUUAGCUGCAACAGCAGCAUACUGGAGGGAUCUAGGGUUGACUGACGAACGAGGGGGCCAAGGGGAGCUUGCUGCCUUCGGGCUGCUGUCGAGACAGCUGACGAACGAGGGGCUGCGGUGCGCGCUGCAUGCGCAUGCACAGUAUUUGCUGCUGCUGCUGCUGAAGGCAUCUUCUACCUCUGCGGGUGCUGGUGCAGCAGCAGCAGCAGCAGCUGCUGCUGCUGCUGCUGCUGCUGCUGCUGCUGGCGAGGGCCCCACAAACGCUCGCCACCCGCAGCAGCAAACGGAGCAGCAAGAUGCUGCUGCUCGCUGCUGCUGCAGCAGCGGGGGGCCCUGUCAGAUAUCUGGGUGUGCAGCAGCAAUAUCAGCAACAGCAACAGCAGCAGCAGCAACAGCAGCAGCAGCAGCAGCAGGCAGCAAUGCUGCAGCAGCAACAUGGCAGGGGUGCAGCAGCAACUCUCUAGAGCCUCUGAUUGGCCCCCGAACAGAAAGACUCAGCAGCAGCAGCAGCAGCAGCAGCAGCAGCAACGAAGCGAUGCUGCUGCCUCCCUGCUGGAGGCGGCUGCUGCUGCUGCUGCUAUACAACAUUGAUCGCGUGCCCCUUCUUAUACAGCGCCCAGCAGCAGCAACAGCAGCAGCAGCAACAGCAGCAGCAGCAGCAGCAGCAGCAGCAGAUGAGGAGCAGCAGCAGCAGGAUAUAUUGGCUUUUGCUGCUCUUGCUGAUACCCCGCAGCUGAGUGCAGCAGCAAGAGUGGAGGCUGUACGCUGCUUGUCUUUGGGGUUGCAGCUGCUGCUGCCUGAGAUAAAUGUUUGCUGCUCAGCAGCAGCAGCAGCAGCAGCAGCAGCUUGUCCUGAUGAGAGUGCAGCAGCAGCAGCAGCAGCAGCAGCAGCAGAAUCUGAGCUGCAGUGGCUCGCGCUGCAGUGUCUAUGCAGGUUGCUGCCAGCAGCAAACGGCAUCUCACGCUUUGCUGCUCUUCGUUCGCUGCAGCAGCUGCUGCAGACGCGGGGGCAGCUGCUGCAGCCCCGUAUAUGGUUACUGAUUCUUGCUGCUGUUGCUGCUGCAGCAGCAAUACAGGUUCCUAAUGAACUUCGUGCUGUUGUUGCUGCUGUUGCGGAUGCCCGCAACACCAACUGGUACAGCAGCAGCAGCAGCAGCAGCAGCAGCAGCAAGCAGCAGCAGCAGCAGCAGCAGCAGCAGCAGCAGCAAACUCGCUCCCAGGGCUGUAUUGCUGAACGCAGAGAAAUUCUGGCGCUUAUGGAGCUCAUCGUACACGACUAUGGAGAGGAUAUACCGGCUCACCGGCUGACGCACGUGCUAGCAGCAGCUGUAGCAGCUCUGGCGAUAUCUGAGGAGGGCAGCAGCAGCAGCAGCAGCAGCGAGGCAGCAGCAGCAGCAGCAGCAGCAGCAGCAGAUCCUUCUGGCAGUGGUAAUGCAGAGCCUACAGCCUCAGCAGCAGCAACAGCAGCAGCAACAGCAGCAGCAACAGCUGCUGCAGCAGGAAAAAAACGGCUGUAUUCUCUUCCCUUUGCUUCCUCUCUGCGUCUAUUCAAUCCUCUGUGGGGGGACCCCCUCUCCCCCUCCUCCCCCCCCCAGCAGCAGCAGCAGCAGCAGCAGCAGCAGCAGCAGCAGCAGCAGCAGCAGCAGCAGCAGCAGCAGGAAGAAGAAGAAGUAGAAGAGGGCUUAACAACACAAACUUUUCUCUAUCUCAGCUGUCUCUCCAUCGAUCAGAGGCCUGGGCUUCGUCUCUGUGCACUAAAAAGUUUAGUUGCUGCACUCAGGUGUGUGUCUCGCAUCCUGACGAAGACUUUGCUGGACGUCUGCAGCGCUUACGUGAGGCUGACGGCCCUAAAGGAUGAGAAGAGCAGCAGCAGCAGCAGCAGCAGCAGCAGCAACAGCAGCAGCAGCAGCAGCAGCAGCAGCAACAGCAGCAACAUCGAUACAGAGAUAAAACAAUGGGCAGAGACUCUUGUAAUUGCUGUAGACGGGGUGCGCGUGUUGCUGCUGCACUACUCAUCUGCUCUCCAGCAGCAGCAGCAGCAGCAGCAGCAGCAACAGCAGCAGCAGCAGCAGCAGCAGCAGGAGCAGCAGGUUGCUGCAGCAGAACCUAAAGAAGAUGAUGAAGGGGUAGAGGUUGUGGUUGAGUCUGCUGCUGCUCUGCUGCUGACGCUACAAGCAGCAACACAAACCCGGAAGGCCCUACCCCCUGAGCUGCUGCUAGCAGCAAACGUCGCUCUAGGAGAUGUACUCACCCUCUCCGUUGCUGCUGCUCCUGUUCCCCUUGAAAUGCUGCAGCAGCUGUAUCGUCGCGCUGAGUUUGCUGCUGCUGCAGACCCCACCAACAGCAGCAGCAGCAGCAACAGCAGCAGCAGCAGCAGCA